GGUCACUCGUAGCAUGUUAAUAUUGAUAGAAUUUGUUAUAUUUGCGCGUCAUGUCAAACUAGAAAACUUUUUUUGUGAUGGAAAAAAAAAGUUUCCUUUUCGUAAUGUUCUUGGACUCGUUUGCGCUAAAACAAAGAGAAAAGUUGUUGCUAUUGUGUAUCUGUUACGGGGCCCCCUGAACUAAAAAUGAGUUUGACACCCCCUGUCAUGUAAAUGUGAACGUCCGCGUUCGCUCGCAGGAGAGAAUGGAGCGUGGUGGCGGCGGCGGCGGCGGCGGUGGUGGUGGAGGAGGUGGUGGGUGUCGGCCUGUUCCUGGAAGAGCGCAGCCUGCCUGCAGAGUCACUCACAUUCCUGGCUGGGCUUCAGGGACCAAGCCAGACACACAAACACGAGAGGAAGGGGCGCGUGAGAGGGCGCGAGGGGGAGAGCAAGGAGAGCGAGAGAAAGACAGAGAGGGAGAGAGCGCGAGCGAGAGAGAGAGAGAGAGAGAGAGAGAGAGAGAGCGUGCAGGGGAGGGCGAGAGCGCGCACGAGCGGGGCCAGGCUUUCCUCCGAGACUUUUCAUGAUCUCAGCGCAGUCACAGUGAACCGUGGGCGCAGGCGGAGAGUGCUUCGCCGCAGCCCUCGACGGACGGCGGAAAGAAACAUGAAAAAAGAAACACAUCUUCUAACCGAGCUUUACUGAACCCACCGAGCCUACAGCUUUCGUUUAAUCCUCGCCUACUUUGGUUUUGGAGUUCGACGAACUCAACUUUACGCGUUUUUUUCCCCUGGAGUUUGGAAAGCCGCUGCAUUCUUUUUCUUUUUUUCAGUCCUUUUUUCUUUUCGUUUUUCUUCUUUUUUUUUUUUUUUUUUUUUUUUUUUUUUUUAGAUAUGGACAGUCGGCGACCCGCUGCGGGGAGCGACCGGCCGGGGUUCACUGUGUAGCCACGGGAAUUAAAACUAUUUUUGCUGGAUGUUUCGUGACGCGCUGUAGCUACUACUGUGGUCAAUUCUGGCACGUCGUGGAUUUACCAGGUUCAGGAACCCAUAGAGAGACAGAGAUAGGCCUGUUUGUGAUUAGCCUACCCGCACGGCCAUAAGAAGGAUUUACGUUUCCAAAGUUGCAGGCUGGGGAAAACAUGGAGACUGUAAAUCGACAGAGCUUCCAGCCUCAUCCGGGACUGCAACAAACUCUCAAGCAGUUUCACCUCAGCUCCAUGAGCUCUCUGGGCGGACCGGCGGCUUUCUCUGCCCGGUGGCAACAUGAGCUGCUCUUCAAGAAGGACGGCAAGGAGCCCGAGAUGGUCCUCCAGCAUCUGCCGCCUCCCGUGAUGCCGGGCCCGCUGUUCAUCCCGUCGGACCGGUCCACGGAGAGGUGCGAGACGGUGCUGGAAGCGGAGACCAUCUCGUGCUUCGUGGUCGGCGGAGAGAAGCGGCUGUGCCUCCCGCAGAUCCUCAACACGGUGCUGCGGGACUUCAGCCUGCAGCAGAUCAACUCCGUGUGCGACGAGCUGCACGUCUACUGCUCCCGGUGCACGGCGGACCAGCUGGAGAUCCUCAAAGUCAUGGGGAUCCUGCCCUUCUCGGCGCCGUCCUGCGGCCUCAUCACCAAGACGGACGCGGAGCGGCUCUGCAACGCCCUGAUCUACGGAGGCGCCUACCCGCCCCGCUGCAAGAAGGAGCCGAGCGGGGGCUCGCUGGAGCUGCAGCUCACCGACAGGAGUUUCAAAGUCUACCACGAGUGCUUCGGCAGGUGCAAGGGCUUGUUCGUGCCCGAGCUGUACACGAGCCCCAACGCAGCGUGCAUCCAGUGCAUGGACUGCAGACUCAUGUACCCGACCCACAAGUUUGUGGUGCACAGUCACAAGGGGCAGGAGAACAGGACUUGCCACUGGGGGUUCGACUCCGCCAACUGGAGGGCCUACGUCCUCCUGAGCCAGGAUUACACGGGGAAGGAGGAGAAGGCCCGCCUGACCCAGCUCCUGGACGAGAUCAAGGAGAAAUUUGACUUCUCCAACAAGUACAAGAGGAAAGCAUCAUCUGUGCUGCCGGAUUCCAUCCCCAUGAAAAAGUUGAAACAUGAAGACCCUCCCUCACAAUCCCCGCUGGCUGACAAGGAGAAGCAACACGACUGGUUACACUCCAUGUCCGCCUCCAGCAAGGGGCUUAACUGCAUUCAGCCCAGACAGAGGCCUUCAGCGUUUAGACCGUGGUCCCCACACAUCUCUGCUGGUGAUAAGGUGCCCUCCAGUCUCCCCCUGGCCCUGCUGAGAGACAGCUUCUACAGCUACAAGAGCCUGGAGAAUGCGGUGGCUCCCAACGUGGCCCUCACGCCACUGCCCCUGGGGAAGGUGGGUCCCAUGUCCCCACCCGUGCCCGGCACAUCCCACCCGAGCGGAGAGGAGCCCCCGGCGGAGGACACCAACCCCAGCUCCAGGCCCUGCAAAAGAAAAGCCCCGGAUGACCUCCCACCCCCGGGACCGGAGGUCCCCAACCCUCCGUCCUCUGCCGCCUGCAAGCCGCCGCCACUGCCGCCUCCGGACACCAAGGACUUCGAGGUGGACAUCGAAGCGGAAAGCCGCGAUGAAUUCACUUCGUCCUUGUCCUCGCUGUCGUCGCCGUCUUUCAACUCGUCCAGCAGCUCGGCCAAAGACCUGAGCUCACCGAGCACCCAGGGGCCCCUCGUGUUAGCGGACGGCGCCGCGCCAGCAGCUGUGCCGGCCGCGGCCCCGUUGACACCUCCGGAGCUGGCGCUGGAGUCGGAGCUGGAGAGCCUGAGGCAGACGCUGGAAAACGGACUGGACUCCAAAGAGUCCAAGGAGAAGUUUCUGCACGAGAUUGUUAAGAUGAGGGUGAAGCAAGAGGAGAAGUUGGGAUCUGCCUUGCAGGCCAAACGCAGCCUCCAGCAGGAGCUGGAGUUCCUGCGGGUGGCCAAGAAGGAGAAGCUGCGGGAGGCGACCGAGGCCAAGCGCAACCUGCGGAAGGAGAUCGAGCGCCUGCGAGCGGAGAGCGAGAAGAAGAUGAAGGAGGCCAACGAGGCGCGGAUCCGUCUGAAGCGGGAGCUGGAGCAGGCCCGGCAGCUGAGGGUGUGCGACAAAGGCUGCGAGGCCGCGCGCCUCCGCUCGAAGUACUCCGCGCAGAUCGAGGACCUCCAGAUGAAGCUGCAGCACGCGGAGGCCGACCGCGAGCAGCUCCGGGCCGACCUGCUCCUGGAGCGGGACGCCCGGGAGCACCUGGAGAGGGUGGUGAAGGAGCUGCAGCAGCAGCUCUGGCCCAAAUCCAGCCGGAGCAAAGAGGGGACGGCCAAGGACUCGCCUGCUGACAACUAGCCCAGCAGCCUCCGCCGUUCUCCCCCCUCUCACGCCCCUCUUACCCCACACACACACACACCCCCCCACACACCCACCGCCCUUUGACGUCUCUUCUCUCUCCCCCCGAUUCACGACGUAAGACACCUACGAGUCCUGGGCCGGCCGCACCGCGCCCCUAUCACACAGUGACCCUUUGACGCUGAGAGGAGGAGCCGAGUCCUCGCCCACACCCGGAGGAAGCCCGGCGAAACGGUGGGAAAGCCGUUCCUCAAUCAAGCACUGACUUGCACCUUCUGAACUCACACACGGAGCUGAGAACUGGAUCACAGCUGUGAUGUAUGGCACAACGUCUGGCGGAGUCUUUUGGUUCUUUUUUUUCUCUUUGAUCGCGCUGGUACCUGCUACAUGAUCAGUUUGCUCAUGUCAGAGGUUUCCAGCUGCUCAGAGGAGUUCCAGCGGUGUGGCCAGGAGGACGGGGUUCACACAGAAACCCCCACCCCACCCUCCUCCUCCGGUUCCCAGGAAGGCCUCUACCACCAUAUGGUUUUUGAAGACUUGAUAAGCUACUCAAGAGACUACAUAGAGAUAUGUAAAAGCAGCAGAAGAAGAAGAAGAAGAAGAAGUAGAAGAAGAGAAAGUUUCUUAUUGCAGUUUGAAACGAUGACCAAAAACCUGCAGGUGGACUUCUCACGCUGCAGCCGUGACUUUGUUGGUUUUUCAGGAAGCCGUUGCAGUUUGGUGGGGUGGUGGUGUGGGGUGAGUUCAGGGGGAGGGGGGGGGUUUCUCUUUUCCUCACGUCCUUGUUUUAUAAAAACCUUUAUUUUCAUUCAAGUUGAAUCAUUUUCUCUCCUUUGAUCAAACCCUGGAUUGGGGGGAUUUGGAAAAAUGAAAGCAUGGUGAGUUAAGGACACCUUUUUUUUUUUUUUUUAGUGAGCACUUCUUGAAUGAUGAAUAACAGCAUCCAACAGUCUUCAAAACACACACACAAAGUACACACACUCACACACACACACACACACUGGUUGACCUGUGCUUUUUUUAAGAAUUUGGGUAAAAACCCUGAAGUCUUUAUCUUCUAAAGAUAAAAUGCUCCAGAUGUGAGUGUGGCCUUGUUUUCUUGUCUUGUAACGCCAUUUUUUUUUUUUUUUUUUUUUUUAUAAACAUAAGUCCUCUACAGCUUCACCCAUGGAGUUUUCAGUGGGCCAGUAAGGCUGUGGGCUGUAGUGGACUCUCUUAUUAUAAUAACCACAAAAAAAAAAAAAAAUGUUCAUUUGAAUUAAAUUAAGGUAUGUAAAUAUAAAUGUUUCUUUUUUUUUUUACUUUACAAUAAUGAAUCGCACUUUGUCAUAACAAAAAUACUGUUAUACCGCAUUGUACUCUCACUAUUGUCUCCAAACUUUCUUUGGAGACGUCAUGUUAUGUGUCCACCGUAUAGGUUCAGUUAAGACUUAUAUACAUCUCCGAUAAAUACUGCUGUUCUGUUUGUUUCUAAGGCAAAGUAUUGUAAAUAAAGUUAAAAAAAAUAAAUAAAAUAAAUAACAGUGUAGCUGUUGCUUGCUGAUGCAGUCUGGGAUUUUUUUUUUUUUUUUUUUUUUUUUUUUUUUUUCGGAAAGUGCUUUGUAAUACUACUCACACUCGAGCUCCGGGUUCUAACUAAAUCCAAAAUGUUACAGGAGCGGGAACAAAAAAAAAAAAAAAAACAAACAUGCAGUCAGAAUGUACAUUGUGUUAAUGCUAUUUUUUCCCCUUUUGGUUGUUGAUGUUUUAAAAGUGGAGAAAUUUUAUUGCCUGUCUUGUUAUGUUCAGUCUUUUUUUCCCCCCAAUAGAAAACAAAAUACUUUUUGCAUGAAAGUUGAAAACACACACACACACAUAUAUAUAUAUAUAGUCAGUUACUGGACAUUCUGUAAAUGUAAGGAUUUGAUUGUGUUAUGCAAUAUAAAGCAAUUUGUCUGAUCCAGAAGAGGGAAUUAACUGAAAAGCCACAAGCCGUGAAUUGUUCUUAAUAAAAUAAAUAAAAAAUUAAAAAAAAUAAGAAUCACACUUGCAAAAAAUUUUAAAUACAACUAAAAAACAGACGACAAAACAAGAAGCUGAAUAAAAAAACGAAUAAAAUUAAAUUAAAUCAAUGCAAUGCUGGAGAACCUCAAGUGCCUGGAUGUGGGCGGUGAAAGGUUUCCAGAGUGACGGUCGGUGAGAGCUGCGGAGGUCGGGGUUAAUUUUCCUAUUUGCAUUUUUUUUUUUUUUUUUUUGUCAAAAUAAAAGCCCCUGCCUUGCUCAGCAGCUCGUUUUUAUCAGCGGUCUUAGAACCAACCAGUUUACAGUUUUUUUUAGCGUGUUUCAGUGCAGGGUACAGUUGAACAAACAGAUGCUUAAAGUUUUUUUUUUAAUUUUCACUCAUCGACGAUGUGCAUGUUCAGACGACUUUUCUAGCAGCCACUUGCUUCAGCGAAUUGUUACUUUGGGUUGUGUUAUAAGGACGUAACUGUGUCUAUUCCCAGCGCGCUCACUCGUCUGAGGGCAUUAUAUGCUAACAAAAAAAAAAGCCCCCUCCUCUCCCAUCCCCUCCCUCCAUCCCCUCCAACAUUACUAAUGAGGACAACACUGUGUCUGGGACUUUGUCAGACCUGAAAAUUGGUACAUUUUGUAGUUUUUACACUCAAAGAAAAAGAAAAAAAAAACACUUGAUAACCUAAUUUAUAUUUUGGUUUUAUACAAACGGAGGGAAACAGUUUGGAUUCUCUCCUCUCCCUCGUGAAAAGAAGCAAAAAAAAAAAAAAAAACGAAGUUAAUGUCCCGUUUUUUAAUAAAUUGGUGUUUUUUUGGUUGUGUUUUUUUUUUUUUUUUUUUUUUUGCUAAGCGUUGGAAAAGUAAAGCAGCAAUAACAGUCCGCAUCAUUAUUAACGAGUACUAGCCAGUGAUUUGAAUAAGACUUUACAAAUGUAAAUAUUUUUUUCAUUUGUGUAAUAUAUGUACAUGUUUCCUUUUUUCAGACAGAAAUCUUUUCUUACAAAUAGCCGUCUUGUUUUUUUUGUUUUGUUUUUUUUUAAAGUUGUGUUUUAACUGAAUGCAGUGCGUAAGAGAAUAUUCCCUAUAUGAACAUGUUAAUCCAUUUCCAUUUUUACUCAUUUUUUUAUUUUCUUAUUAUUUUUUACUGUAGAGUCUUUAUAUACCGAAUGGCAUUUUUUUCACCGGUUCAUAUACAUAUAUAUAUAUAUUUUUUUUUUUUUUUAAAACCGUGUGUUCAGUAUAUUAUAGCCAACCUGCAGUAUAGGUCACACACACACACACAGACACACACAGACAUGCAGUAUAAGCCACCUUGCAGAUUGUUUCAUCCUCAUGUAUCUUUUUAGCCCUGUGCUGCUGCUAAUACUAUAUACAGUUCUAGAAAUAUUUUUACGUAGGAGGUUAGCUCUCCUGUUUAUUAAUGCCACAUAUACAGCGUGGAGAAAAGAAAAGGAAAAAAAAAAAAAGCUUGGCUUAUUCAUCUGUCUCCCUUGUUUCCUUAAUCUUUUCACGUCUCCUUCCUUCCUUCCUUCCUUCCUUCCUUCCUUCCUUCCUUCCUUCCUUCCUUCCUUCCUUCAGCAACACCGUUCCCAUCUCUAACGACACAGACUAUAUUGUAAAGUAAAGGAAUUUAAGAGAUUAUGUUUGAAAAUAGUUAUGAUUAUAUACUACAGUGACUGAAUGUACAGUGUAUAGAUGCAUUACCAGAAAUAAAGUUGUUUGUCCAGA